AUGAAAACCCUGCUCCUGGUCUUUGGUCUGGGCCUCAUUGCUGCCAUGCAGGCGCAGACCCUCCCAGCCGUGGAGGAGGAUCAGGAUGUCUCAGGCACAUGGUAUUUGAAGGCUGUGGCAUCAGAUAAGGGGAUUCCUGGGAAGAUGCUGGGGUCUGUGUCUGUGACCCCCAUGACUGUCAAGAUCCUGGAGGAGGGAAGCCUAGAAAUCAAGUUCACUGCCCGGAUCUCAGGUCAAUGCUGGAAGAUAACCACCGUCCUAGAGAAAACCGACGAGCCUGGCAAAUACACAGCCUAUGGGGGCAGGCAAGUGGUGCACAUCAUUAAGUCAGAUGUGGAGGACCACUACAUCCUCUAUGGUGUGGGCAAGCUGGCUGGGCAUCAGAUCCAAAUGGCAAAGCUUGUGGGCAGAGACCCGGAAAUCAACCAGGAAGCCCUGAAGGAUUUCAAGGAGUUUUCAGGAUUUACAGGACUCGACUCGGAGAAUAUGAUCAUCCCCCAGCAAAGAGGUCAAGGAGCUUAUGGCUCUGAAGCUGCCCUGGACACCGUUCUGAAUCUCUGUCCUGAGGACCAUGGAAAGAGCCCCUUUCUGUGA